CGGAACUUCCCCUUUUGGGUGGAGCUCCGUUUUAAAGGACUGCUCCCCCGCUCCUCAUUAGGGUUGGAACCUUUUAGGGGCGGGGGGGAGCGGGUACCCGAAUUUGACAGGUACCGGCUCCCAAUUGCGGUCGGACGGCCUAGGCGAUAGGAAAUGGAAGGUGUCCUCCCUCCCUGUAGUCUUUUGGGACACGUGACAGAUCCCAGAAGACUACAGGACCAUUCAUGAAGCGCAGCGCUACUCACGCAUGCGUAGUGGGCACCCGGUUGUGAAGCCACAAGCUGUCACAGCCGGGUGCCCACUCUGAAGAUGC